AUGGGUCAUCUAGAAUUGUUACCAGGCUUGCCGUCUCAACAUACCUAUGUAUUGAGCCUCUCUAUCCUUCUUCCUCUUGUUAUCUUUCUUGUUAUAUCAGUUAAGUCAUAUUAUCGCCUAUCCCACAUACCUGGGCCAUUCUUUGCUAGAUUCACGAAUAUUCCUCGAUUACUCUGGGUAAAGAGUUUCAAUGCCCAUAGAAUUCAUAUCGACCUGCACAAAAAAUAUGGCCCCAUCGUACGUUUCGGCCCGAACAUGGUGAGCGUAGGAGACCCAAGGGAAAUAGGAACCAUAUACUCAUUCAAGAAACCAUGGCCAAAGUCAGAUUUCUAUCGCUCCCUAUUGCUUAAGACGCGGAGUAAACCAGUCGAAGGAAUAUUUGCCACUCAGAAUGAGGCAAUCCACCGAGCAUUGAAGCGUCCUAUCUCUAAUGUCUACUCAAUGAGCCACCUGGUUUCAUUUGAGCCUUACGUCGAUACCGCCAUGAAAGUAUUCUGCGAGCAGCUUGAGAGUAGGUUUGCUAAGACCGAAAGUGGAAGUGGAAGUGGGAAAACUAUUCCAUGCGAUUUUGGGCAGUGGUUGCAAAUGUUCGCUUUUGAUGUCAUGGGAGAGUUAACAUUCUCCCACCGGUUCGGCUUCAUGGAGAAAGGAGAAGAUAUAGAUGGAGUUAUGGCGGAGCUUUGGAGCACUCUCCAAAAAACUGCCUUGGUGAGAUCAGCCCAGUCCCCCAAAAGAUAUGUUAGAGAAAUGAAACUCUAA